UUUUUGCCUGUUGUGAAUCCUGAUGCUUGCGUGGAGAUAAAACCUGGCAAUUUUGAUAAAAUCUAAAUUACGUGUAAAUGACACAUAGUCUGGGAUAGAUUUUUGGUAAAUUAUAGUUUGGCGGAGAUCGACUCGAACAAUAGAUGAAAUUCCAGCCCUAAACGACGUUGUAAAAUCCCAAAAUUUGAAGCAGGAAAAAAAAUUCAAGUACUUAAAAUUGCAGUCAAACAAAAUCAAACGUACCUCUACCUUCCCCUUUUGGAAAAGCCUAACAAGUGUCUGGAUUGUUGCUGAACUUCUGUGUUGUUGCAUGCCUAGCGUGCUGCCACCUAUUUUUUCGUUUUGCUCAAACAUUUGUGGCCUGUGGCAGAAAGAAAGACUCCUCACAUCCGCCUGCACACUGGGAAAACGACAUCAUUAUUCAACCACAUGACGUCAUCAAUUGAAUUUUAUUGACAACCAUAAAACGCCAGCCAACUAUUAAUCUUACAACCAUACAUCCAUCCUCCCCUCCAUCUGCCUGCCUGCCAUACUUCUGCUGGGGGGACUGUGGGACUCAGUCACAUAAUUGAUUAAAUCACAAGCGUUAGCGAGAGGCAGCUUCCAUAGAAAAGGGAGGCAUUGCAUACUUUACAUUCAACCCGACCAUCGAACCACCAUUCGAACAGCAACAUGUUGGAUGAUGACAACAAUGAUUUGUUGGCUUCGGCUUCGGAAAUACAACGCAAUCGUCUAUAUUUUGUGGCGUUCAAAAAGAAUUUCAAACCGAAAAAUACACCCAGCACACAUUAUUUUAGCAUCGAUGAUGAUUUUAUCUAUGAGAAUUUUUACAAUGAUUUCGGGCCGUUGAAUAUAUGCAUGCUAUAUCGCUAUUGUCAGAAAUUGAAUGCCAAAUUGAGCAACAAAACGCUGGCCAGUAAGAAAAUCGUACACUAUACGUCCAUGAAUCCGGCAAAGAGGGUGAAUGCCGCAUAUCUAAUAGGAGCAUUUUCGAUAAUUUACCUAAACAAAAGCCCCGAAGAGGCGUAUCGACCUCUGGUUGUGGGCGAUAUACCUGCCUAUACACGUUUCUGUGAUGCUUCCUAUGGUCCAAGUGGUUAUAAAAUCUCCCUAAUCGACUGUCUCAAUGCCAUUUCGAAGGCCAUGAAGGCGGGCUUCUUCAAUUUCGAGGACUUCGAUGCCGAGGAAUACGAGUACUAUGAACGCGUUGAAAACGGUGAUUUCAAUUGGAUUGUACCUCAGAAAUUUAUUGCAUUUUGUGGGCCACAUCAAAAAUCUAAAACACUGCCGAACGGUUAUCCUUGCCAUUCCCCCGAAACAUAUUUUGAAUAUUUUCGCAGUAACAACGUGACGACGAUAAUCCGUUUGAAUGCCAAGGUCUAUCAUGCCUCCAGUUUUGAGAAUGCCGGUUUCGAUCAUAAGGAUCUAUUUUUUAUAGAUGGCAGUACGCCGAGUGAUUUGAUAUUGAAGAAAUUCUUGCAGAUAUGCGAAACGACAAAGGGUGCCAUUGCAGUGCAUUGUAAAGCUGGUCUUGGUCGCACUGGAAGUUUAAUUGGCGCAUAUAUUAUGAAACACUAUAACUUCUCAGCUCUGGAAGCUAUUGCAUGGUUACGUCUUUGCCGUCCAGGUUCAGUGAUUGGUCAUCAGCAACAGUGGAUGGAAGACAAACAAUCCUGGCUUUGGUCCGAAGGCGAACGCCUGCGUAAACGCAGCAGCUCACAAACACCUGUACAUAAAUUCGGCAUCUACAGUUUGGUCUAUAAAAAUUGUCCCGUAACUGCUGGCCAGUUACUGGUCAACACCGAAAAUAAUACCGAACUCUUAAUGACUCGUGUCAAGGGCAUAUCACAAAAAGUUGAUACCAUGCAUUUGCAUGAGGAUCAAACCGAUUCAAAUCAACUGGACUCAUUGGAUUCCUAUGAGAAUGGUAAUAAACCGUCAGUAGUGAGUAAUACCGUAACCGUCACCACCACCAAGACGACCACCACCCCUACACCACGUUCCCGUGUACUGACGAGCAGUAAAGAUGGUGCAAUAACACCGCCAACAAGUGCCAGUGACAAUGAUAAUGAUGUUACCGAAACUGAAGAGGAUUCGACGGCAUCAAAUCUUAAUUCGACAUUUAUUGUUUCACGAAGGCGUAAAUCACCCAGUAUACAACAACAACAGCAGCAACAACAACAACGUUUGGAAACGACCACCAACACCACAACAACAACUACAACAAAUGCCUCGCUAGCUUCGUUGGGUAUUAAAGUGGGACAAUCACCACUUGGUGCCGGGUUCUUUAGCAUACGCCGUACGCCGCCCAUUAACAAUAAUGACCCAUCGUUAAUUGGCAAUAAUUCCAUAACAACUUCAUCGGCGGCGGCGGCGACGUCAGCAACGACGGCUCUUGGUGGUAGUGGUGGCGGUGCUCCACUCUACUCGGAAAAGAAAUUGAAGAAACCCUCGGUCUAUGAGCCGGCAGCUGCUAUCCAGAGACCCACAAUAGCAUCAACGGUUAAAAUGGUCCAGGCGGCCAUCGAAAAGAAAAAUGCUCAAACUCAGGGUGAUAAACUUAAUCAAAUCAAGGCUAUGCGUCGUCAGCAUAAUUCGCGAUCGGGAGGUGCUACAGUUGAAACCGAGAAUCCUUUGCGUCAUACCCGGGCCCGGUCGCAGCCAUUUCGCAAUAACAAUAACAUUGUUAAUAUGUUACCUACAAAUACAACAGCGGCAACAGCAACGGCAGGUGGACAAUUUCUGGCAAUGGGUAAAAGUUCAGCAGCAGCCGGAAAUGAUACAGCAAAUAAUUUAUUAAAUAAUAACAACAAUAAUAAUAACAACAACAACAUUAAUAAUAACAAUCAUUGCAAUAACCAUAAUAAUAAUAACAACAACAACAAUAAUAAUAACAUUAUUAAUAACAGCAGUAGCAGCAGUAAUGGUGUCACAACAUUACCAUCAUCUUCAUCUGCAGGAGUUGGUAGUGGUAACACAACAACAACAACCACAACGGCAUCGGGUAUUAACAAUUCAACCAUAACAACACGGGCACGCAGUUUAGCCAUUUAUAGUAAACGAAUGGGUCUAAUGCAUUUACGCAAAGCCGAACAGCAACAAAUCACCCACAGCAAUGUCACUGCCGCCAAUAACAACAACAACAAUAAUAAUAACAAUAACAACAACAAUACAACAACUAGUCUCAGCAAACAAACGAAAACCUAUCAAAAUACCCUCAUCAGUUCAGCAACGUCCAAUAAUAAUAGUGGUGGUGGUGCUGGUGGUACUGGAGCUGGAAUUGAAAGCAAAAUUCCCAUUGUAAGGGCCACAGCAGCUUUAUUAGAUUUAAAUCCGGUGGUUGGAACAGCUGUUUCGGGUAUGGUGGGGUCUUGUGCCACAAUACCACCUUCUCGGAGUUCUAAUCGUUUAUCAAGUUUGGUGCAUCCCGGAGGAGGUGGUGGCACAAGUGGCAGCUCCACUCACCACAUGACCUUGAGGGGCCGCUCACGUUUACGUUAUCAUCAUCGCCAUAAUGAUGGAGGUGGUGGUGGUCAACCACCUCCUCCCUGUACCAUAACAACGGCUCGUUAUUAUCGCGAUGUUUCAGCCUUGCCUCAGGCUUUGGGUGGCGGCAGUGGCAGUGGCAUUGCAGGUGGUUUGACGACACGUUCAUCAUCGGCCAAUUUGGAUUUCAAUUCGAAUCCAGUUGGUGGCACCCUUGAAGAGGCCGGCAGCAACAUGAACAUUAACAACAACAACAGAAACAAUAACAUCCAAUCCAAUAGUUGUAGUAGUAGUAGUUGUAGUAAGCUAGAAGAACGUCUUGGCCACAUGGCCAACAACAGCAAUAGAAAAUCGCCGCCAAUCUCAUCCUCCUCCUCCAAUUCAUGUACAGCUACCUCAGUUUCGGCCAAUCAUUCAAAUUCCUCCUCAGAUGCAGAAACCCUCAAGUCCACAACCAACAAUAACAACAAUUCAAAUCUCACAAGCCAUUCGAACAAUAACAACAACAACAACAAUAAUAGCAACAACAACCACAGUAAUGUCCCCAUUGAUAAUAAUUUUAUGCCAAACACACAAUUAAACACAAAUUUCUCUACAUCUAAUUUUUCUAACAUCAUCCAUUUCAAUGUUCCCCCUACCACCACCUCCUCCUCGCCCUCUCCCUCCCUUGAUAAUGACAUUUCCCUGGCCAUAUCCAACCAUACACCACCUCCAUUACCUACAACAACCUUUUUAACCUCAUCAUCGUCAUCAUCUCCCUCACCGUCUCAUCAUAAUUUAGAUACAAAUCGUCUUAGUCGAAAUUCGCAAAGGUCCUCCAUGGGUGUAGGCUCUUCAUCAUCGCACAUACCCUCCUCAUGCAGUGGCAGUGGUCAAUAUGCAGGACUACCAUACGGCAGCGGCGGUGGCGGCGGCAGUAACAUUAAACGCAACAAACGUUCCUUGAGCAGUACUCGCAUCGAAAAGGACAAAUGUGAUGACUCAGCAGCUGCUGCUACCUCAUCGGCCAGCAUAUCGGCGGCAACAACAGCAGCCGCCUCCUCAUCCUCAGCGUCCAGCAGUACUUCCACCCUAACCGGUGGUGGCAAUUUUCGUUCCCGUUAUCUGCGACACACCACCUCCGGCCAUUUGGUGGAGUCCUCAACUGCUUCCUCGACAUCGUCGGCAUCUACAUCGGGUAUACCCACACCCACUAGUCAAGGUAUGUAUGUGCCACGUGGCAAAUAUAGCUCUUCGGUGCUGGCCAAUCCAAACAGCGGCCACAACCACAGCACUGAACGUGACCAGCAGCAGCAACAGCAGCGUUUGUCCCUGAAGCUGCGCAAAAAAAUAAGUUACUAG